CGUGGGAGUGGUAUGUAACCGAGGCGCACAGGCCAGCCUCCGCCCCGACUUCCGUGUGUGUUAGUAAAACGUCUGGCGUUCAGAAACAACAGAAAACGGCACAAAGAGUGGCCCUGGAAAUCCAGUUGCGCGCUUUGUGGGGGGGAAGUUCAGCCUGCGAAAGGUAAGAAAACCACGUUUCAAAGGCACAGGAGUGAUCCAGAUUUGCUUAAACUGUCUGGUUAAGGAUGUGGACUCAUGCUCUUGGCUUCACAGCCUUGCCCCAUCUUGGUGGGUUCCUUGGCUGGCUCAUUACACGGAAGGAAGUGCCCACAUGGUAUGAAACUCUGAAGAAGCCUUCAUGGCGGCCACCUAAUAAAAUAUUCCCAGUCGCUUGGACUACACUGUACACGAGCAUGGGCUAUGCUUCAUACCUGGUUUGGAGGGACCUUGACGGCUUCAGCAACAAAGCAGUUAUCCCACUGGGCCUCUAUGGAGCUCAGCUAGCCUUGAACUGGGCGUGGACUCCUAUAUUCUUUGGUGCUCAUAACCUAAAACUGGCACUGCUGGAUAUUGUGGGUCUAUAUGGGUUGGUGCUGGGCACCAUGUAUUCCUGGUACCCUAUUAACAAGACUGCAACUGCAUUGAUGCUGCCUUACCUUGCCUGGCUGACCUUGGCUUCUUCUCUCACCUACUGCAUAUGGAGAGACAAUCCAGAAAAGGGCAAGAAGAAAGAAUGAGAGCAUUUGGCAAAAAGGAAUUGGUUGAUGGAGCUGGUAUUAGGGAAAGGAGUUAUUGGGUACAAAAGCAUUUUCCAUUUCCGCAUAGAGGGGUGGGGAAUUUUUUACAAAAGGAUCUUAAUUGUUGUAUGGUAUGUUGUGUGGGUGCAUCCUCAUUUAGGGAAUUCCCAAUGUAUCUUUUGGUCCUAAAAGACCACUGUCAUUUGAUAUGAAUAAAGGCUAGUUGGGAUUAAAGGUAA